AUGGCAGCGCUGCGGGGCCUCCUGCGGUGGCCGCGCUGCCGCCUCCAGGGCCUCGGCGGCGAGGCCGGACGCGCCCGGCGGCCGUGGGGCUCCGGCAGCGGCGUGGCGGCGGCGGCGGCGGGCGGCGGGGCGCUGGGCUGGUUCGUGUGGCGGCGCUUCCACGAGGGGCGGCCCGAGGAGCGGAGGCCGCCGGCGCUGGGCGUCGGGGGGUCCGGCGACGCCGCCCAGGCCCGAGGGCUGCUGCCCAUCCCUGUGGCGGCCGCUGCCAUGGAGACGGCGGGCACAAAAAGCAUACCAGAUUAUGAAGAUUUAGGUCUGUAUGCAACAUCCCGGGAACAGCGGUUUCGGGUGUUUGCAAGUUUAGAAUUUGAAGGGCAGAUGUUUAUGACACCACAUGAUUUCAUUCAGUCUGUAACAAAUGAUGAACCAAAACAGACAAAACAAUUGAGGUCCCUUUCAAAACAGGAAAUGAAUCAAAUACUUGUAGAAACUCCACCAGUUUGGAAAGGGUCGUCAAAGCUCUUUCGGAAUCUUCAGGAGAAAGGUGUGAUUUCUUAUACGGAGUAUCUGUUCUUGUUAUCUAUCUUAACAAAGCCACAUGCUGGUUUUAGAAUAGCUUUCAACAUGUUUGAUACAGAUGGAAAUGAGAUGGUGGAUAAAAAAGAAUUCUUGGUGCUGCAAGAGAUAUUCAGGAAGAAAAAUGAGAAGAAAGAAAGAAAAGGAGAUGAAGAGAAACGUGCCAUGCUGCAUCUUCAGCUUUAUGGAUACCACACUUCUACUAAUGCUGUGCUUAAAACAGAAGGAGAGGACCUUGUUCCAAGAAGCUAUUGGGAUACUCUGAGGCGUAGCACAAGCCAGGCACUCUUUUCGGACCUAGCAGAGCGUGCAGAUGACAUCACCAGUUUACUGUCUGAUACUACACUGCUGGUCCACUUUUUUGGCAAGAAAGGAAAGGCUGAACUUAACUUUGAAGACUUUUAUAGGUUUAUGGAUAACCUUCAAACUGAACUUCUUGAAAUAGAAUUCCUUUCCUACUCUAAUGGGAUGACUACCAUCAGUGAGGAAGACUUUGCUCAUAUACUUUUAAGAUAUACAAAUGUUGAAAAUACAUCAAGCUAUCUGGAAAAUGUGCGCUGUAGUAUGCCAGAAGAACAGGGCAUUACAUUUGAUGAAUUCAGAUCAUUUUAUCAGUUUUUGAACAAUCUGGAAGAUUUUGCAAUUGCAAUGCAAAUGUAUAAUUUUGCAAACCGUUCAAUUGGACAAGAUGAGUUCAAGCGUGCUGUAUAUGUUGCUACGGGUUUGAAGCUUUCAGCGCAUUUGGUGAACACAGUCUUCAAGAUCUUUGAUGUAGACAAAGACGAUCAGCUGAGCUACAAAGAAUUUAUUGGUGUUAUGAAAGACAGAUUGCAGCGAGGAUUCAGGGGUUACAAAAGCAUACAGAAAUACACUACUUUCAAAUCCUGUGUGAAGAAAGAACUCAAUAGCAGAUAAAAAUGGUAUGUUUUUGCUGCACAGUGUUUCUAAGGUUACUGGUAAGAGUGUUUCAGC